GGAAAAUUCAAUGUGCUACGACAGGGAUACACGAUGCUGCACCUGUUCUUUCCUCUACCGGAAAUAAUCCAUCAAAUAAUAUAGUGCAGUCGAAACCAGCCGCCGUAGGGCCAAUCGUUAGACAAUCAUUAGCAUCUCCAUCAGAUGCUACUACAUUUGGACCUAUGUUAGACGGCGUAUUAAUAGAACCAGUACCAGCCAAUACAAAUGGUAUCUUGAGCCAAUUUCCAACAUACAAAAAUGUACCGAUUCCCAUUCUCAUAAAAGAUGACAAUUUACUGAUUAAAACUCCACCUACCGAGGAAAUCCCCAUUCCCAUUUUGAUUAAAGAUGGGAAUAUAGCCACUACAACUAUACAAGAGGAGAAUGUAUCAAAUCCUAUACCAAGACAAGACAAGAAUGUCAACACACUGGGAGAACCGUCACCAGAAACUACGCCAAAACCUAUUCUCAUUAUAGAUGACAAUUUAAUGUUAACGGGUGGUAAGGAAACGACAAAUAAAGAGCCCGCACCAGAACCUACGCCAAAACCUAUUCUCAUAAUAGAUAACAAUUUAAUGUUAACGGGCGCUAUGGAAACGACAAAUAAAGAGCCUUCACUAGAAACUUCACCAAAACCUAUUCUUAUUAGAGAUGAUAAUUUAAUGUUAACGGGCGUUAAGGAAAUUACAAAUAUAGAGUCAAUGGAAACAAUUAAAAACCCGUCUACAGCAAACACGAUUGAUCCCGUGUUGACUGCAGUUGCUUCUAGUAUAUCACAUCAACAUAUGAAACCAUGUCCUGAGUUUGAUUCACGAUACGAGAAAGGAACGUUCGUUGUAACAUUAGAUGAUGGAAAAUGUGAAAUGAUAAUUAACCAGAAACCCGUCGAGGAAAAGCAGAACGACCAAUGGGCUCGAGGAAGAUAUUCUCCAGUCUAUCAAUUGUUAACCAGAAAGUACAAACCAGAAGUCACUUUCAGACCGACAUCACUGGCAAAAAAAGAUUAUUUAUGUCAUCACCAUACAAGGGAAAUGGGUUCUUUCUUUGUAGUGGAUACUGUGUUAGGGCGCUGUCAAAUGGUAAUUGGAAUACCAACACUGCCUGACCUUCGGUAUAUUAUGUCGAACACAAGACCAGCAUGGACUCCACCAAUGAGAAAUAUGCCAAGAUGGCCACGACGUUCUUCAGAAAGUGAUUCUUCUGAUGACUAAAUUGUGUGUUUCGUUCAAUUCUAUUGAAAUCCAUUCAUUAUUUCAAUCAAUUAAUUUAUUAAAUAUUUUAGUAUAGGUC